AUGGACUUGAGACUGUUUGAUCAUCAGACAAAUAUGGCUUCUUCCUCUAGCUUGGCGCCACCGUCUUUGACUCCGGUGAUGAAGGACGGAGAGUGUAGAAACUGGGCGGAGCUUCCGUCUGACUUAACGUCAUGGAUCCUGAGCAAGCUCAGCGCGGUUGAUAUUUUGCAAAAUGCUCAGAAAGUGUGUACAAAAUGGCAUCGCGUAUGUAAAGACCCUGCCAUGUGGCGCAAGAUUGACAUGCGUAACUCUGGAGACUUGCGGUACAACCUCGUGAUGAUGUGCCUCGUAGAUAGCUCGAUUCGUAGCCAAAGAGGCUUUGUUGAGAUUGACAUUUGGCACUUCGGUACUGAUUCUCUCCUCAACUACAUCUCCCAUAGGUCAAGUAACCUGAGAAGCCUUAGACUUGCAGUGUGUUAUCCAAUAACAACUUAUGGACUUACUGACGCACUUAUGAAGCUUCCAUUGCUUGAAGAACUCGAGGUCUCAUACUGCUCACUGUCCGCAGAGUCUCUGGAAGUUGUAGGCCAGUCUUGUCCUAACCUGAAGACACUGAAGCUAAACCGCGAGGUCCUACAUCGUUUUUCUUUCUUCAGUGAGGACGACGAUGCUCUAGCUAUAGCUGAAACAAUGCCCAGACUUAGACACCUCCAGCUUUUCGGAAACAAAUUAACAGACGCUGAUGAUGGUUUAAAAGCCAUUCUUGAUAAUUGUCCUGAUCUUGAACAUCUUGAUCUAGGUCAUUGUCUCAAUGUUAACUUUUCCGGAGAUCUGGAGAAGCGUUGUUCUGAGAGGAUUAAAGUUUUGGGACGACCUGGUAGUGAGAGAAUUUUCGAUUUUUCUAUAUUUGAGGACUCCGUCACGCUAGAUACUGAUUAUUGA